AUGAUCCCCCUAUCUACGGCGAGGGCCAUAUCGCCUUGCCACAUCCCUGCAGCUCUCCUACGCACCGCAAUUGGCCUAGGAAGUAUUUUCCGGCCCGCACAUGGUCGGCCCUCUUUGUACCUGGCUGCCUCACGUGCUUCUGGAACCUGGACUCACAACGACGUAAAAAAAUACCAGCACCGCAGAGUGGUGAGAGGCCCGGCCUACGGGCAGUGUGGUCAGAGGCAUGUUGGUCUGUUUAGCACAUCGACAACGCGAAGACUGGGUAUCGAGGACAAGGCAAAGGGCCCGUCAGCUUCUCGGAAUAAUGCAGAGCGACAUGUUCCAUCUAUUACGGCAUCCACCAAACUCGCAUCGACCAUCAAAUCUACGCUCAAACUCGACAAGCCUCGACAUGAACAAAUCUACAAUCUACCCAACAUGCUUACUUUCUCCCGCCUCAUAGCAACUCCUGCAGUCGGUUACCUCAUCAUUCAUGACCAGCAUCUCUAUGCUUUCUCCCUCUUUGUCUACGCCGCCUUUUCCGAUCUUCUCGACGGCUGGAUCGCCCGCCGCUGGAACUUGCAAACGGUAGUCGGCAGCGUAGUCGACCCCAUGGCCGACAAAUUCCUCAUGACAACAUUGGUAACCUGUCUGGCCGUAAACGGAAGUCUACCCAUGCCACUAGCCUGCCUCAUCCUCGGAAGAGACGUCAGCCUCGCCAUCUCGGCGCUCUACUACCGCUAUGCCAGCCUGCCAGCACCCAAGACCAUGGCGCGCUACUGGGACUUCAGCCUCCCGAGCGCAGAGGUCCACCCCACCACCGUCUCCAAGUUCAACACGUUCCUCCAGCUAAGCUUGCUCGGCACGUUGCUUUGCACAAACUUGCUGCACGACCCCUCGGCCACUUCCUCCGCAGCGGGUGGCUUGCUCUUGUCGAUCCAGGACGUUUUGGGCGGUGAGCAAGGCGUCAAGACGCUGGUCCAAGGCGUGUCUGCCAUUGUCGCUUCAACAACUAUCUACAGCGGCUUAGAGUAUACGUGGUCCAAGAAGGCUGUUAUAAUCCUCGGCGGUGACGAAGCGUUAAAGAGGAAACAGGGCUUCCGCGGUAGAAUGAUCAUGGCAGCUGGUUUCGGUUCUUUCAUCUCCCUUGCUGCGUAUUUUUGGGUCAAUCGCAGGGCUGAGGAGGAAAUCAAGGAAAAAGCCAGGAAGAAGUUGGUAAGCUACUAG